AUGAAAUCAACAUUUGCCACCUUCAGUACCACUUCACCGUUACUGCCCAAAGACCCAUCCAGGGAAGGGCCAAAGCCAGUCAAAGGGCUUAUCCGAACUCACAGAAAGGUUCUAAUUGCCGUCUGUUAUCAACUUCUAGAGCUGAUGUUCAGCUGCUGUGUGCUGGCUUGCUCAGUAUAUGUCAGAUCUGAUGCAAUUACGACUAUUUCUCAGCGUAUUGAGCUAGCUCGUUACGAUCUGGAUGCAUUCGAAGAAAGCUACCCCAAGACUUCUACAAUGUACUUCACAAUCGAACUACUUGUUGGUGGUAUGUUAAUGGCAACAAUCAGUGCAGUGCUUAUUCACCAGUGCCUCGCUUACGGUAUCAACAUUGUAAGCAAUGUGGUUGGUGAUUCUGCUAUCAUCGUUAUAUCCCUAUUAAUCGCUAUUAAAAGUUUUUUUUUGUUCAUCGAUGUAUCACGCUAUCCUAAUGCUCAAGCAGGAUUUGUCGAACAACAAAUACAUUUGUUUACACACAUUUUAAAAUUAGCUUUAGAAGAUGACGAUACGGGACUUGGAUGGGUUCUCACCCUUCUUCAUCUGAAGUACGAAUGCUGUGGUGUGUACAGUAUCAGCGACUUUUACACAGCUCGACAAAUCGACCAUCCAGCAGAUACAACGGAAUUUGGUAAAGAAAAUGUGACUACUGAAGGAUUUCGGGCAUCCAACACGUUUCGCAUUUCGAAUUCGUGGGUUCAUGAAUGUUCAGCAAAAGCCACUGAAUUUUUAAAUACGACGGCCAUCUGUUAUGCGCCAUCGUUUUGUUGUACUGGUACAGGCGAUUAUGUAGUGCCAUUCGCUUGUCCACCUAUGAAAUGGGAUGGGAUUUCGAAAGCUGAAAUACCUCCGCAAAUGUACCGUCAUCCAUGUGCACAGCGUAUCGCAUCCAACUACCGUUACAAAACUCUGAAUCUCACGCUCAUCGCCUCUGCCAUUACGCUAGUGGCCAUAGUAAACGCCAUACAUUUGCUGAUUUGGCGAUCCCGCCUCAAACCGUUGCGAAAAUCAUCGGCGGCAUCUCCGAAGUGA